UUUGAAAAUGUCACCGAUCCCUAUUCCAAUUUUACACACCAACAACAACAAAAACAAAAACAAAUAUGAUUUCUCAUAUAACCGCCUCACUCUCACACACACCACCCACCACCACCAUCACCACACUCUCUUAUUUCUCUCCCACCACCAUCUUCCGCCACCGCUUCUUGUUCUCCAAACCCUUAUUGAUAUAUCAGCCCAGAAGAACGACGUCGUUUUCAACCAACUGCUCAAUGGAAUCUCCUACUGUUGAUUCCGUUUCCGAUGGUUUAAAGAAACAAAGCUUGAUAAGUAAUGAUAAUAAUAAUAAAAUAGUUAAGAAAAAGUUGUGUAUCGAAGAUUUCAAUUGGGACCAUUCGUUUGUUCGUGAGUUGCCUGGUGAUCCUCGCUCUGACGUCAUCCCCCGUGAGGUGCUUCAUGCAUGUUAUUCAAAAGUAUCUCCAUCUGUUAAAGUGGAAAAUCCUCAAUUAGUAGCUUGGUCUGAGUCCGUUGCCGAAAUUCUUGAUUUAGAUCUUAAAGAAUUUGAAAGACCUGAUUUCCCACUUUUGUUUUCCGGGGCAGUACCUUUAGUAGGAGGGAUGCCGUAUGCUCAAUGUUAUGGAGGGCAUCAGUUUGGGAUGUGGGCAGGUCAAUUGGGUGAUGGGAGGGCGAUCACUCUUGGGGAGCUUGUGAAUUUGAAGUCUCAAAGGUGGGAACUUCAGUUGAAGGGUGCUGGAAAGACUCCAUAUAGUCGGUUUGCUGAUGGUCUAGCGGUUUUGAGAAGCAGUAUCCGGGAGUUCCUUUGUAGUGAAGCGAUUCAUGGUCUUGGGAUUCCAACUACUCGUGCACUUAGUCUUGUAACAACUGGGAAAUAUGUUACACGUGACAUGUUUUACGAUGGCAAUCCGAAAGACGAACCUGGUGCAAUUGUGUGCAGAGUCGCACAAUCGUUUCUGCGUUUUGGCUCAUUUCAGAUACAUGCUUCGAGAGGAAAAGAGGAUCUUGAAAUUGUUAGAGCUUUGGCUGACUACACUAUUAGACAUCACUUUCCUCAUAUAGAGAAUAUGAACAAAAGUGAUAGCUUAUCUUUCUCUACUGGCCAAGAAAAUGAAUCUCUUGUAGAUCUUACUUCUAACAAAUAUGCAGCAUGGGCGGUGGAGGUUGCUGAACGUACUGCUUCACUGAUUUCUAGCUGGCAGGGCGUUGGUUUCACACACGGUGUCAUGAAUACCGACAACAUGAGUGUAUUGGGUCUGACAAUUGAUUAUGGCCCUUUUGGAUUUCUUGAUGCCUUUGAUCCCAGUUUCACCCCGAAUACUACAGAUCUUCCAGGGAGACGGUAUUGCUUUUCUAAUCAACCAGAUGUUGGCCUAUGGAACAUAGCUCAGUUUGUAUCAACUCUUUCUUCUGCUAGUCUGAUAAAUGAGAAAGAGGCUGAUUAUGCUCUUGAAAGAUAUGGUACAAAGUUUAUGGAUGAUUACCAAGCCCUAAUGACCAAAAAACUUGGGCUUCCAAAGUAUGAUAAACAACUCAUUGGUAAACUGCUUAACAAUAUGGCGGUUGACAAAGUAGACUACACAAAUUUCUUUAGAUUACUUUCCAACAUCAAAGCUGAUUUAACCACCCCAGAUGAAGAAUUAUUGGCUCCACUCAAGCCCGCUUUGCUAGAUAUUGGUCAAGAACGCAAGGAGGCUUGGAUCAACUGGGUUAGACUUUACAUAAAUGAGCUAUCGGAAAAUGGAGUUCCAGAUGAGGAUCGAAAAGCUUCAAUGAACUCUGUGAAUCCAAAGUAUAUUCUAAGAAACUACUUGUGUCAGAGUGCUAUAGACAUGGCUGAACAAGGCGACUUUGAAGAGGUGAGACGGUUGCUCAAAGUAAUGGAAAGGCCAUAUGACGAGCAACCCGGUAUGGAAAUAUAUGCUCGGUUACCUCCUGCAUGGGCUUACCGUCCUGGUGUGCGCAUGCUCUCUUGCUCAUCUUGAAAUUUCCCACCGCUGAUUUUUGAGAAGUGGAGAUCAAUGUGUAUAGAUAACAUUUUCAUACGGCACUCACCGAAAUGUUGUUUCUGCUGUAAUUUGUGUACCAUUGAUAAGUUAUUACUUGUUAGGUAAAUUGUACUUUUGUUGAUUACAUCGAAUGCAAAAGGGGUUAGAUUA